GAGGGUGAGUGAGAGACUAUGUGGAGGCAGUGGCCUAGAUGUGUGAAACGCCAGGGGUUGCUUUUUUGGUUCACUGAUUACUACCAGAGGCAACCCAAUAGUAGACCAAAUGUUCUGAGACAGAAAAGUUGUGAACCCCAUAAUUUGGCAGUUAUUAAAAAAUAUGAUAUGCCUACUUAUAGAACGUUUGUUUUGGAAGGAAGCAUCACUGACCAAUAUUUAGCUGCCAGUUGCGCACAGAGAACAAGCAUUAUCAUGGGAAUCAGGUGGAACAUGUAGACUAAGACGCUCACACAGAGGCUAAAUCUAUUAUUUCCCCGGACGGUCAGCCCAGCAUUCCGCUUGACUGGUGAGCGAUGGCCUUGGAGGCAGACAGCGACAGAGGUUCAUCAAGAAGCGCUCAUGAAAAAUAUCCCCGGGCAGCGUUGGAGCGCAACUGCUACGUGAAGACAUGUGUCACCCCGUUGCACCAGGACGCAGGGAGCCAGUCGUGGUUGAGAGUCGCCGUGACAUGGACUUGCCGAGGAGUGUCGUCUGCGGUCUGCUUUGCCUCCGUCUCCGUUAUUCUCGCUCUGCUGCUCAGAUUGGUCGACUGGGAUGCAGGCAGCAGCAGCAGCAACGGAAAUAGUAGCGGCUCCGGCUCUCGUCUUCAUUUCGCGGCGGGCUGCGCUGUGGAGCUGCUUUUGACUGUGGGUUACUGCGUCUCCCCCGUUUUUACACUCGUAUGUGCCUUCUUCUGGGUCGGACUGUAUCUAAUUCGCUGUGGGGUGCUCAUCCGCACCGCGGUGUUUUUGUUAGCGGUGUGCAACUUGGGCGAAGUCGCGGCGCAGUCCCUCCUGCGCGGUGCCGAGGAGCAGCUGCUGUCCCUCCCCGCAACCCUGGUAGUCCUCGGCUUCCUGGGCAGCGGGGCUCUGCUGGUCGUCCGGCUGCGUCAGGGAGUGUCCAUCCUCGUCUUCAUUAGCGUCAUCAGGGCCAUCUCCCUCGUCUCUCUGGGCACAUUCCGGGCCAGCUGGAGACCCUACCUGGCCUACCUGCUGGGGCUGCUGGGGGUUUUGCUUGCGAGGUAUGCUGACCGGCUCCUGCCGGCCUCAGGGACCAGCGGGACGGGGUGCUGUGGCUCUGUGACCGGGGCGAAGGAGGAGGACAUCCCUGUCUUCAAAAGGAGACGGAGGUCCAGCUCCAUAGCGGCCUCGGAAAUGAUGGCUCACGGUCAGAGCAACAGCAAGUCCCACCGCAGGACUUCGCUGCCUUGCAUUCCGCGGGACCAGUCUUCAGGCACCAGUGUGGUAGUGGACAUCGCGGUGAUGGGUGAAGCCCACGGGCUGAUCUCAGACCUGCUGGCAGACCCCUCGCUGCCUCCUAACACCUGCAGCUCUCUGAAGGCUGUCAGCAACCUCCUCAGCACCCAGAUCAGUCUCCAGCCGCUCCACCGGCCUCGUAUCCCUGCAGACACGCAUACCUGCUCUGACUCCGAAGAGGGGCCGGAAAAAACAGAGAGACUGGCCAUUCCAAAGCGUUUAAGACGGAGUCUGCCCCCAGGAUUGCUUCGGAGAAUCUCGUCAACUUGGACCACGACCACCUCAGCUACGGGGCUGCCUACCAUCGAGCCAGGCCCUGUACGCCGAGACCGCUCAGCCAGCAUUAAACACACCACAGAUAGUGAAUCAUGGAACAACUCAGUGAUGAUGACCAUCUCAAAGAGUCGCUCCAUGUCUGUCUCCUGUGCUGCCUCUGUCACCUCCAACCACCUCUACAGCAAACCACUGGAAAGACCAGGUUUCCCCCCCUCCAACGUAUCACCUCUGGGCUCUCCAUGCUCAUCUCCUCCAGUCCAGGGCACACCUGUCUCAAGCCCUACCAUCAAGACAUGUUCAGUGCAGCUUCCUGAGCCGGCUGGGCCCUUGACAGAGCGGACCUCUGGCUCUAUGGCCCCCAAGAGCCACCACAGAGCCUUAACCCACAGCAUGAGCGCCCCGAGCUCCACCACCACUCACUGGCGGCCUCCAUCACUCUGCGGCAGCUGUGGUAGGCCGUUCAACAAUCGACUAAACCACGGGGUAGAAUCUGUCAACAAAGGGGACAGAAUACCCCAUCCAGAUGAGCGUGCCGUAGCUUCUUCAGACUAUGACAGCACCUACGACAGCACCUAUGAGACCAACCACAGUGACAGCAGCGACUUUGCACAGAAUGAAGAAGAGGGAGAGGGAGGCAAGAAGCUGCCUGAAGCAAGGGAAGGUUGCAGGGAGUAUCUGGCACAGGGCAUCGUUCUUCACCCACUCCUGCCAUCACCAGAGGACAAGCCAAUCUUGGCCACGGAGCCUCUGGUGAUGCCAGCACUGGAGCCUUUGAUGAGUCAACUCAACAACUGGAACUUUCCCAUUUUCAGUCUGGUGGAGAAGACCCAUGGCAAGACAGGCUGCAUCCUCAGUCAGGUUUCCUAUAAGCUCUUUGAGGACACAGGUCUAUUUGAGACAUUCAGAAUUCCUGUGCAAGAGUUCAUGAACUACUUCCAUGCUUUGGAGAAUGGAUACAGGGUCAUCCCUUAUCACAACCGGAUCCAUGCCACUGACGUGCUACAUGCUGUGUGGUACCUAACCACUCAGCCUGUACCAGGCCUACCCACCCUGCUGACUGAGAAUGGGAUACACACCGACUCAGAGAACGGCAUUAUGCCUGGCGCCACAGGCUUCCUGAUGUCCAAGAUGAACUCUGUGAUGGAGGACAGCUAUGGCUCCCUGGCUGGCCUUAUCCCCGGCCUGGAGCUCAUGGCCCUGUAUGUAGCUGCUGCCAUGCAUGACUAUGACCAUCCUGGAAGAACCAACGCCUUUCUAGUAGCUACCAGUGCACCACAGGCUCUUCUGUACAAUGACCGCUCAGUCUUGGAAAAUCACCAUGCAGCUUCAGCGUGGAACCUCUUCAUGUCUCGACCUGAGUAUAACUUCCUGGCUAACCUUGAACAUGUGGAGUUCAAGCGCUUCCGCUUCCUCGUCAUUGAAGCAAUCCUAGCCACCGACCUCAAAAAGCACUUUGACUUCCUGGCAGAGUUUAAUGCAAAGGUGGGUGAUGAAGGGGUGUCCGGUAUUGAUUGGACCAAUGAAAACGACCGAUUGCUGGUGUGCCAGAUGUGCAUCAAGCUGGCUGAUGUCAAUGGACCACUGAAGUGUAAAGAGCUGCACCUGCAGUGGACAGAAGGGAUCGUCAACGAGUUCUACGAACAAGGUGAUGAAGAAGCAAGCCUGGGCCUUCCCAUCAGCCCGUUCAUGGACCGCUCCGCUCCGCAGCUGGCUAAACUACAGGAGUCGUUCAUCACUCACAUUGUGGGACCUCUGUGCUCCUCCUACGACUCUGCUGCUCUUAUGCCAGGAUGCUGGGUUGACCUGGCUGAGGGAGAGACAGAGCCUGAGGAGGCGAAGGAGGGACAAGAUACAGAAGAGGAAGAGGAGGAUACAGUGGAUGAGGACGCAUCAACAGGUUCUGGCACCUCCCAGCGACAAGAAACCAAAAAGGUGAGCAGGAGGAAAGUAUUUUGCCAGAUAACACAGCAUAUUCUGGAAAACCAUGACAUGUGGAAAAGUGUCAUCGCUGCGGAAGCCCAAGAGGAAGCUCGGAAAGAGGACUGCAUCAGCAGCCCUACCGAUCCAAUCACAGCCAUUCAUGAGGAAGAGGAGGAACAAGCAAGCAAAGAGGAAGAGUCAACUGAAUGCCUUGAUAAAAGGGAAGAGAUGCCGGCUUUAGAGGAAGAAGAAAUGCUUCCACAAUCAGAGACUUCAGGGGGAAAAGAGGAGGAACCAGAGUGAUAUGAACUUUGACCUCCUCUUAAAACCAGGAAUCUGAAAGUUGUCUAAAAUGUUUUGUUUCUUUCCUAACUAAACUCUCGAUAUGGUAGCCAGCACAUCACUUCGACACAACACUGUAGAAGAUGUUUUGGGUAAUAUGUGCCUAACAAAAACUGGAUUUGAGGAGAGGGAUGAUGCAUGCCCAGUUCAUCUGACGAGGGGAGAGAGGUGAGAUGAGCAAAAGAGUAAGUGACUGAGGAGUAGAAGAAGAAAAA